AGAGUACCAAAGUACGAAUGAUCGAUCGCCCCGUUGCGAGUGGCCGUCGGCACUUGCCUGCCCUUGCCUCUGCUUCUGGCAUUGGCUCUUUGCCCAUAGCUUCACCUAAAGAGCACAUUAACUUAGUACCCCGCCGCGCAAACAAGAAAACGCCCGCUCAUCAGGACCAAAUCUUGGUCGAUGGCGAAACAACAUCGCGACCCCGUGCCAAGAACCCACCUUGGUCAGUGGAUACGUACCUCCUCCCGUCUCAACCACCACGUUUGCCGCACUUGCGUGCAAGCCGAUGGGGCCGACCCCAACUGUCCAACAAACCUGGCGCUGCCCACAACCUACUAACGACUAAUUCGACCCAGCUUGUUACCGGGUUGCCUUAAAAAUCUAUCUCUCGCUCCGUUGAUCCGUCCAUAACACGUACCCACCCAGCCGUCCACCCCGCGCCGCCGUGGCCGUUGCCGUUGCCGUUGCCGCUGCCAGAGCCCGGCUCAUCAUCGCCACCUAACCCAACUGCGUCCGUUCCCCAACGUCGCGGACGAUUGUGGCAGCGGAGCCUAGGCCUCCCAGCCGUGCUACCUGUACUGCUGCUGUGCCUCAAGGCUCGACAGCUAGCCGCCUGGAGACCACCCUCAGCCAUGUCGCGUUGGUUGGCACACGCGCAACCGAACGCCGUCUCCAGAGUCCAGAUUCUGCUUGUGGGUACUACGAUUCGGUAGCUGGGCUCUCCCUGCUUGUUCCGGGACAGACAGGCUCCUGACCACCUAGGUCAGACCUGACUUAGACCCCGGACGCCUUACUCGUGACGACGUUACGGAUUGCUUCAACUUCGCUCGCACGCACAGGACAUGGAGCGGAGAGCACAGGUCCGUCGUUGUUGCCUUCUACACCCCUCACGCGUCCAUCUAACGAGAUCCCCCACUGCCUUAGGCCGCCGAGGCCCUCCUUGCUCGCUCCAGUGGCCAAGAUGCCUUGACGUAUGCCAUCCGUGCCGCCGAGCUGUAUAUGGCCGCGGCAGGCGAGGCCUCUAGCAAGUCGGAUGCCGCUCGACUGAGACGGAGGUGUCGUGAGCUCAUUGCCCACGCCGAGAAGCUCAAGGCUCGGAUUGCUGCCAAUGCCCAACCAGCCCUGCCGCCUCAGCCUACCAUCUUGCGCCUCGCUUCGCGCCUUCAUGGCAAUGAAUUUCCUCCCUGGCAAUCCCGCCCUGCGGAUGACGAAUUUUCCCUGAGUCCUGGCGCCACCCAAUUCAGAGAUGACGCCGCGUUUCCGCUCUCGGCAACUCAGGCUGAGAACUUUGCUGGCUGGAAGAGGCCAGCGGAAGCGUUCCGGCUGGACCUCGCCCACGAGACUGUCGACGAGAGCACCCUGAUGCAACUUCCAGAUCGCUGUGACUUGGUCCAGGACAUCACCACUGACUGUUCCGUCGUUGCCAGCCUAUCGGCUGCCACUAAAGUCCUCGUGGGAAAGCACGCCGUACUUGCUUCUAUUAUCAACCCGUACGACCAUGAGCAAGGCCGUCCGAAACUCUCGCCAUCGGGUAAGUAUGUGCUGCGAAUGAAUUUCAAUGGCUGCGCUCGACGUGUCGUUAUCGACGACACGCUCCCCGCAUCGCGGACCGACCGGGCCCUCUUUGUGGUUGACAGGCGAAAUCCUCAUCUGUUGUGGCCGGCUUUGUUGGAAAAGGCCUAUCUCAAAGUCAGAGGAGGUUAUGAUUUCCCUGGGAGCAACUCGGGGACUGACCUUUGGGUGCUCACCGGUUGGAUACCAGAGCAGUUGUUUCUUCAACGCGAGGAUUUCGAUCUCGACGAGACGUGGGAGCGAAUCAAAGCUGCCCACCAGUCCCAUGACAUUGUUGUGACGCUAGGCACCGGGCGGAUUUCUGCCGAAGAGGAACAGUUCAUGGGUCUUAUUGGCGAGCAUUGCUAUGCUGUCGAGGACCUCACUCUCGCUGCCGACGGUGGCCGUCUUCUGCUCAUCAAGAACCCUUGGUGCAACGCGCCACUCAUGGCCGGGACGGCCCGGGACGGGAGCCGUGGAGUCGAGAAGGACAACACAACGUGGAUGGCCAUCGAAGACGUGGCUCAGCACUUCGAGUCCAUGUACCUCAACUGGAACCCUGGCCUCUUCGCCCAUCGACAGGACAACCAUUUCGCGUGGGACACGCCCCCCAAGUACUUGGGAGGAUCUGUCGUGCGAAACCCACAGUUCGCCUUCUCCUCGCCGACCGGAGGCACUGUUUGGGUCUUGGUGAGCCGCCAUUUUGUCGAUGCCGAGCUAGAGAUAGCUCGUAACCGACAUGGCACCAUGGCCGCGGUCGCUUGCCAGCUCGGCUUCAUGAGCAUCCUCGUCUUCGACAACAAGGGAAAACGCGUGCAAGUCAGCGACGGGGCAAUGUAUCGUGGACCGUAUGUCGACUCGCCGCAAACGCUGGCGCGCCUCGAGACAGCCCCCGGUACUCAGUACACGCUCGUCGUCGAUCAGCAUGAGUUCCCCCUGUCCAGCUAUACCUUCACCCUCUCCAUAUUCUCUCACACAGAGCUCCACGUCCGCGAGGCUGAGGAGAGCAUGUCGCACUUCAUUGACCGAACGGGGUCCUGGGGUCGGCGAACUGCCGGUGGCAACCCAUCCUGCCCAACAUAUCAUCAAAACCCACAGUACAAGCUGUCCAUAGACAGGACGACUCCUUUAUCAAUUUUGCUGUCUACUGACAGCACGGAUGCUCAUAUUCACAUCGACUUGGUAUGGGCGCGCGGGGAACGAGUGUCGACGAUCCGUGUCAAGGACCUUGUCGCCUCCUCGGGUGAGUAUCGGCGCGGGUGCGCCGUGGCCGACGUGCCCGAGCUGGAGGCCGGCGACUACACCAUGGUCUGCUCGACCUUUGACGCGGGCCAGAUCGCAGACUUCGCCCUUCGCGUCGCGUCCAUGGUGCCUGUGUCCGUCAGCCCCAUCGCUGCCGACGGAGCCGGCAGGCUGCGGACUCCCCUGGGCGCCUUCCGCCUUUCCGAAGGAGACGAGAAGAGCCGCGUCUCCUUGCACGCAUCUUGGCUGACGCGGGCCAGCGUGUCCGUCCGCAGCGUGCUGCCACCUGGCGCUGAGGAAGGCGGGAGGCAGGCCUCGCCCCUCAUGGUUCGGGUCUCGGUCGUGCGAGGCUCCGGGCCGGCACAGGAGACGGUGGCCGUCUCGGGCAACGGCGAGUUUCAGGACCCUGUUACGGCUGUCCGCACACCCGACUUCGACAUCGACCCAGCCACGGCGCAGGGCGCGGGCCUGUGGCUCGUUGUGGAGUGCAUUGGCACCCACCACACGGCCUGGGCCGUAGACGGCGAGAUCCUCAGCGACUCUCCCGUGCAGGUCGGCGCGUGGGAACCGUUUUGACGUGGGCAGCUCCUGUUGUGGCAAUGUUGUUACACGGUAUUCCUGUUCAAGACGAGACCCCACCCAGUUGAUUUUGAUAGAACAAUUACGACAACGGCGCGUCCCGUCAGCCCAUGUCCAACUAAAAUACUGCGUCAUACCGAGGGUGAAUUUACGCCCAUAAUAUGUAACUUGGUAUAUAAAUCUGCUGGUUUUCUUUCGCCGUCAUGAACUCGUUCGACUCGAACUUGAUAGCAUCCGGACGCCGUGCCAGCCCUAAAAACAUGAAAUCCGCC